GGUAUCAAUAUACCACACUGGUCGGGUUUUUUUGGCGUCGUCUUCAAGCUCUGACCUUGAGCAGUAGUGCCUGUAUCUUCCCGAAAUUGUCUCCUGCUCCUUCUGCUUUCAUGGAUGCUUCAGUACCCAAUUCUUCUAGAAAACCUAAUUUAUCUUCCUUCGCUCAAUCUAGCCGAAGCGGCGGUAGAGGAUCAUCAGGCUAUGAUAAAGAGAACGAUCGACGCAGACCUCAUGGCCGCGGCGGUGGCGGUGAAGAUAAUAUUGAUGCGCUUGGAAGACUUUUGACACGAAUCUUGCGACAUAUGGCUACUGAGCUUAGAUUGAACAUGAGAGGUGAUGGUUUUGUUAAAGUUGAAGAUUUACUUAAGCUUAAUUUGAAAACGAAUGCUAAUGUUCAAUUGAAGUCACACACGAUUGAUGAAAUCAGAGAGGCUGUGAGAAGAGACAAUAAACAACGUUUUAGCCUCUUGGAAGAGAAUGGUGAGCUCUUGAUCCGUGCAAACCAAGGCCACUCCAUCACGACGGUGGAGUCAGAAAAGUUACUUAAACCAAUACUGUCACCAGAAGAAGCUCCAGUGUGUGUACAUGGAACUUAUAGGAAGAAUUUGGAAUCCAUCUUGGCAUCGGGCUUAAAGCGCAUGAAUAGAAUGCAUGUUCACUUCUCUUGUGGCUUACCAACAGAUGUUGAAGUGAUUAGUGGCAUGAGAAGGAAUGUUAAUGUUUUGAUCUUCCUCGACAUGAAGAAAGCUCUUGAAGAUGGGAUUACGUUCUACGUCUCAGACAACAAAGUGAUUUUGACUGAAGGCAUUGAUGGUGUAGUGCCUGUGGAUUACUUCCAGAAGAUCGAGUCUUGGCCUGAUCGGCAAUCCAUACCUUUCUGAUUCAUACGAUUCAACAUCAUGCGAAGAUUCACAGGAUUCUGUGACAAUGACUGUGAAGAUUCUUGUGAACUCUGAUUAUGUAAUGUCUCAAUGUCUCCAAUUGCACAUAUGACAGUUUAUCGGAACAAUCGAGAUUAUGGUGUUUUUGUUGUCGAAAGACAUGAGCGCCCAUGUGUGCUAAAAGAAACCAAGUGUACUAGCCUUUUUACGGAGUGUUUCAAGGCCCAAUACGAAAGAUAUGAGGAACAAUGAAUGAUCUUUUUCUUUGCUCUGAAAAGUUGUAA